CCCAUCAUUAUUUCUAAUUUUGUACAUUACACAAAUACUCACUUGUUAUAUCAUUUUUGUUAGUACUCUGUUACAAACUGAAAAGUAUUAAUUUCAGAUUUAUUGAAAAUCGAAUAUUUUUGAACUUUUUUAAAGUUGGAUUUUUAAGUACUAAAUAUUUUAAUUUUAUCAUUGCUUGAUGACAUAUAAAAAUAAUCAAACGUUUGAUUAGAGACAGUAAUUAAUUAUCAAUCAAGCGUUGGCUUCACGGCCGAAAUCAGUCAUUAGAAACAACGUUUUUUUCUCGUUAACAAUAAUAAAUUAUUUGAUAAUUGACAGCUUUGUUUUUUUUUUUUUAACUGAAGAAAAUUCAUCUAUAAUGUUAACAAAACAUUUUUUCCACACUUUGCGUGGAACCUUAGUUGCAUUAACAAUUUGCAUCACCCAGGUUGAGGAAAGCAAUCAAAUAACGACUAACCAGUGUGUCAAACGCAAUGAAAUAUGCUAUCCUCAUCAUCCUCGAGUAUGCUGUGAUGAUAAAUCAAUAUGUAAACCGAAGAAACAAGGGAAUGACUUCAUUUGCACGAAAGAAGAUCAAUUAGGUUCAUCUUGUACAAUUGAUUCUGAUUGUGCCGGAGUUAAAUUUGCCGAAUGUUCGGCAUCUAAAAUUUGUAUCUGCUCAUCAAAUACAAUGCGUGUGAAUUGGACAACCUGUGUACCAAUUUUGGAUACACACUGCCAGAACAAUGAAGACUGCAAAGUUGAUAAUUCUGAGUGUUUUGAUAACCAGUGUAAAUGCAAACUUAUGUUUAAAACUAUUCGUAAUACUGAAUGCAAGCGAGUGCGCUUGGGAAUGUAUUGUAGACUAUUCACAGACUGUGAUCAGUACCUAUUUCAUUCAAACUGUUCUGAAAAGAAUGAAUGUGAAUGUUUUCGGGGUUAUCAUGCAAUAAACAAUGAAAAGUGUGUGGCAGGGUUUAACGUAGCAUGCCGUAAUGGAGAACGAUGUGCACCCAAAAACUCUAUUUGUGUCAACUACAAAUGUCAAUGUGAACCUAGAUACGUUUAUCGUGAAUCUAAAUGUGUGCCAAAAUUUUUGGAAAUGCCCUGUGAAACGGAGAGAGAUUGUCAGGAAAUUAAAUUUUCAACAUGUUCGAAUGAUAAAAUUUGUGUUUGUAAAUCGAAUUACGGGGGACCGGAUUUAUUAACGUGCUCACCACUUAUAGGGGGUAACUGUUCAAAAAAUGAUGAUUGUGUCGCUCAAAAUUCUUAUUGUUUUAUUAAUAGAUGCCGAUGCAUAGCCAAUCAUUUUGCUUAUUCAAAUGAUCUAUGUACACCACUGUUACUAAAUAAAAUAUGCCAGAUUUCUAACGAUUGUGAACACAUUCCGAACUCGUUCUGUUCGAGGCAAAAAAAGUGUCAUUGUAAAGACAAUCAUAUUGCAAUAAAUGGCACAAAAUGUUUGCAGUAUCUAGGUCAAGUUUGUACAAAGAAUGAAUCGUGUACCACGACGAAUUCCAUUUGUAUUAAUAAUGAAUGUCAAUGCAGACCAAAUUUCAUCAAACAUUUAAAUGCUGAAUGUAUACCAGUACGAUUUAAUCAAUCGUGUAAUGGAAAUUCUGAUUGCCCACGCAUGGGACAAGAGUGUUCUAAUCAAAUAUGUGUUUGUAAAGAUAAUCAUAUUGCAUUGACGGGCACAAAAUGCGCACCAGUUUUAGAUGGUCAUUGUUCGAAAAAUAAAGAUUGCUACGUCAAAAAAUCAAUUUGUGUUGAAAAUAAAUGUCGAUGUGAUUUCAAUCACAAGCCGAAUUCAAAUUAUGAAUGUGAAGCCACUUCAUUGGGAAAAGUGUGUUUAACCGACACGGAUUGUCGAAACAUAAAAAAUUCAAAAUGUUCAGCAAGAAAUGUAUGUGCUUGUGAAAUAAAUUAUGUAGCGUUCGAUAAUUUGUUUUGUGUAUCGUCUUUAAAUGGAUUUUGUUCAGAUGAUAAAGACUGUUGUUCCGAUACGUUUCGUUGUUUUAAUAAUCAGUGUCAAUGCAAAACUAAUUACACAGCAGUGUCUGUUGAUAGAUGUAUUGAAACUCAUUUGCUUCGUUCUUGUACUACUGUUUUGGAAUGCAGUGAUUCAUGGCAUUCAAUCUGUUUACCCGAAGGAAAAUGUGUUUGUGCGUUGAAUAAUGUAGCACUCAGACCAUCAACAUGCCUGCCAACUUUAAACGGGUAUUGUUGGCAAGAUGAUCAAUGCAUGGCUGAGAAUUCUGCUUGCAUUGAUUUCAGGUGUCAAUGCAAACCAAAUUUCAUCGCUGUCGCGAAUAAUCUAUGCGUAUUAAUUAACUGAACUACAAUUUGAAUAGGAAUGGGCCUAAAAUACUAUUUUCAGACCUUGCUUUUUUAGAGUAGGUGUUCGUACCAUUGACAAUAAGCAUCCAUUGUAUUACUUAUUAAAAAUAACAAUUUGAUUAGAUAGAUUGUUUUUAUAGACGUUAGAAGUGGCAAUUUUAUUGCCUAAUAUAGAUUAUUUAAUUUACUGACAUUUAAAAACACUAUUAAUGUU